UUUGAAAUAAGAGCUGGGCGGGAUCCCUUCGCGCCCUUAAGAAACCCCUUAGUCCUUGCAUCGUUCUUCGUCUAGCCUCAAUUCCGCGCUCAUUCUUUCCCCACUUCCAUUCGUAUCUCUCAUCUCUAUCAAUGGCUUCAGCCUCCGAGUCCUAUCUUCUUUGCAAACUCGAUUCAUCGGAGUCCACAGGCAUCUUUUCCCUGUUUUCCGACUACCUCCAUCCUUUCUCGGAUCUCACGAACCCCAAGAAACUAUGCAAAUCCAUCGACAACUCCAUAAUCCGGCCGCUCGCAAAGAAAUUCCUUCCCUUUCUCAACCACACCCUAUCCCUUCUCCCCAAACGCCUCUCCGAUCCCCAUAAUUUUAAUGACCAAUUUGCCCUCGAACUUUUCCAUAUUUACCGACUCUGCCUGGAUUGCCUGGAAUCCGUGUCUUCACAGCUCUCCUGCAAGCCCUAUUCCGUACACGUCCAGAGGAUUCGGAUGGUCCAUUGUAUGGUGGCCUGUGGGCGAUAUGGCGACGCCGAGGACGAGGGGUUUAGGGUUUUGGAGAGCUUCAAGGGUAUCAAUUUUGGGGUGAAGAAAUCGGCCAAAUCCGCGGGGAAGUUCCUGCCGGAUAUGGAGGGAGGUGGUAGUGAUAAGGAGUUUGCGUUUUUGGUUGUGGAGUUGGUUGUGACGCUGGUGAAGUGCGCGGCAAUGGGGCAAAUCAAAGAUGACGAGGUGUACAGGAGGGUUCUUGUUUUGACGGAGGAGGUUCGGCCGUGGUUCAGGGUAUUAGAUGCCAAUGCAUACGAGAAGUUGCACAGGGUGCUCGUGACCUAUCUGGGAAAAUGCACUUUGCUUUUAGUAGGGGAGCUAGCAUGCUUUGACGAGAAGCUAGUACGAACACUCUGCUAUGCUGCGUUGACCGAGUAUGAAAAGUCGUCUUUAAAAGAUCAAAUUUACAAGUUUGCCCGGCGGAUAUGUUCAUCUCUAUUCUCACUACAAGAAGAUAGAUCCUCACUUAUCAUAGAAAUAUUAACAUGUGUGUUGGACUGCGUUGCCCACGAAUGCAAGUUUGAAAUGGAAAAUCCUGGAAUAGAGUAUGUUGAUCUUGUUUCUUAUUGUGCCAAUAAAUGCCGGACUGCAAGUGCAAACUUAUGUAUUCCAAUGGCAACACAUCUGAACAAAAUAGCAGGUGAUUCCCAUCAGGUUAGGCCACCGUUUGAUAUGAUAAUCAGGCUUUAUGCUGCUGGGUUGCACCUUAUCAAUUCAGAUGUUAAGUCCCGAGGUGAUGGUCUCACAUCCGCUGAUGGUGCUAAAAAUGAGUCUGCAAUUAGAGUUUUACACGAUGAUGGGAAAAUACUGCAGAAUUUAGCUGCUCUACUUGGUUCUUGUGAUAGUUACUUUCAUAUUGACUGCAAAGAGAAUUGUGUUAAACAUACAGAUUCUGCUUGUCAGAUUUGUUCACAGUUGAGUUCUGAUUAUGAAGUCUCCAUGCCUUGCAAACAGAGGAAAAGAAAAGCUUCUCUGGCUGUAUACUUAAAUGCAUUGAAAUUCUUAUGCCAUCCACUAGCUGAAUUAGUAAAUUCAGAAAGGAAACAGCUUAUUAGUGAAAAUGAAGAUGCUUUUGUUACUACAAAACUCUAUAUAAUCCAGGAUGCAUUAUAUCACUUUGCCGAUAUUUUUCUUUCUUGUCAAAGUUGUUCAUAUGAAAGAGAGAGAGAUGGAUUUGAUGAAAACAGAAAAGCUGUACUUACUGUUGCUGUCGCGGCUUUUACCCUCUCCAUAAGAACAAAGCUCAACAUGAAGGGUAACACUCACUUAGUUAAGCACAUUAUUACCAGUGAAUGGAUUCAACCUCAAGAGCUAAAACACCUAUUUGCCUCUUUUCACAAUAUUGGUGUAUUUUUGUACAGAAGUAAGCAAGUCAAAGAGGCUUCAAAGGCAUUGAAAUUAUGUUGCAGGGCGUCAUGGACUUGUGUUAAACAUCUGUGCCAAUUUUCUGUACAGAAAUCAGAGGGGUUAGUUGGUGAUCUUUCUGAGGAUUCUGUUAUAGAAUUUGUUAAUGAUGCAUGCACAAGAGGCGCUUUUCUUUUGGAUGUUCUCCAUCAAUGCGACCAUCAUAAGGCAGAAAGAGUAAUUGCAGAGUGCCUUGAAGAUUGGUCUGCUGCUGCAAAGGUCAUUGAAAGGUUGCCAGCGCCAGUGCCUUUGGUGAGACAGUGGGUAAAGAUAGAAUGUAGACAUUGUAAGGAUUUGAAUGAGGGGGAUAGUGCUCCAAUCCUGUACUUUUUGCUGUCAUCUUCUACAAAAGUGUACAAGAGGGCAAUUGGCAUAAUCUUAGAGCAGGAGAUGCUUGCUUACGAGGAAAUGAGUGCUCUGUACCCAGAAUUUUGUUAUAAAAUGCAAAUCAAAAUUAUAGACAUCCUCUUGCGAGAUGUGUAUGUUACACCUGAUAGUUGUUUACAAAAGUCAAGACUUUUAGGUAGAAAGGGAAUGGCAUUAAGGGCCCGUGGAAUCGAAGGUUUGAAAGACUGUAUCCAGUGUCUAUCUGAUUCCAUAUCUACAAUUUUACUGAAACAGAAAGAGGCAUAUGGUGAAACAUGUAGCCGGGGAAUCCCAACUUGUCAUCAAUUAGCUGUGACUUAUUGCUUACGAGCGCUAUGUACCCAGGAAAUUGAACCAAACUCAAAGCUAAUCUUCCAAGAUAUUAAUGCUGCCAUAAAUCUAUGGUUGAGCAUUUCUGUUCCAGAUCAUUGCUCUACAGAUGACCUGUGCUCCAUCGUGCCUGAAAAUAUAGUGCUACUGCUGUAUAAUGUUAUUGAUUUGUUAUCGAUGAAGGGUUGCAUGGAUUUUCACCCUGACAUAUAUAGGCUGAUGUCUAGAUUAUUCAAACUGAACAAUGUCCCCCUGGAGAAUUGCUUGGCCAUGCUGUGGGAGUGUAGAAGGACUACUCAUGCGCUUUGUGUUUCACCUGUAAAUGAGGCAUUCAUCGAAUUAUCAGAGCAUUGUGGUGGACAUUCUAAUUCUGUUGAUUUCUGGGUACACUGUCUAUCGGGGUCCAGGCCAUUAAUAGUUGGUUUCCAACAGAGUUUUUCAUGUUUUUUUUCAAAUUCCCAGGGCUCUUGUAAUCUUGAGAGCUCUUUUAUAUCCGAUAUUGCAGUUGAUGAAGUGAAAGAGGCUGCAUUUGAACUCAUUUCAAGUGUUCCUGUGCCCAGUCAUUCUGUGUUCCUUGCUGGAUAUCUAUACCAUGAUUUGAGUGAAAGACUCAUCUUAAAUGGGAGGUUCAUUGAGGCUCUUUCAUAUGCAAAAGAAGCUCAUCGAUUGCGUACAAAACUCUUUCAAGAGAAAUUUAUGUACUCUGUUGAGCAGCAGACUGAAAGGUGCAGUGACACGGGGGAUAUCGUUCAGAAGCUUACAUAUGGCCUUAAGAAUCUCCAUAUUCACAGAUCAGUUGCUACUGAAAUUUUGUCCUCUCAUACUGUUUCAUGGGACUUGGAUGGCGUUUAUCUUAGUCCAUGGAAUGUACUCCAAUGUUAUCUUGAAAGCACUCUUCAGGUUGGAAUUAUUCAUGAAAUAAUUGGAAAUGGAGCUGAAGCUGAAACUUUUUUGAAUUGGGGAAAAAACAUAUCUUGCUUACAGAUCUUGCCACCAUUUAUAGUUGCUUUCUCCUCUGUCUUAGGAAAACUAUACCGCAAGAAACGACUUUGGGAUUUGGCGGAGAAGGAACUUCAAAGUGCCAAGAAAAUUUUGAUUGAUACUAGCACAGCUUUUUCUUGCAUUAAAUGUAGAUUGAUAAUGGAAGCAACAAUUGAUCAGCAUCUUGGUGAUUUAUCACAAAAUACUUUUGAUAGUACUAAAGCAGAGAUUUCUGUAGAGAGAUUGUUGCAUGCUGAAAAUCUGUACAAAUUGGCCCUGGACAAACUAAAUCUUUCUGUGUGGAAAAACCAUGUUACUUUUCCUGAAAAGGCGAAUGCUGAAAGUACAGUACUUAAGAAAAAUCAUGUGAAAGAUGCUGAAUGUGGUGUCAGUAAUAAUUCUGCUCAUUUUGUGGCAACUGAACAAGAUAGGAGGAAAAAAAGGGAUGUGCCAAAAACCAAGGUGGAAGCCAAAAAGUUCAGAAAUGAUGCUCCCAAGCCUUUGGUAAAGGAGAAUUGUUUAAUCCCUGAAAAGAAUUCAAGGUUAACUCGUUCCAGAUAUCGAUCUAUGCAGAACCAAAGUAUGAGCACGUCUGGUGAGUUUCAAGUCGGCAUUUCAAGAUAUUUGAAAGGUGAUAAUGCAUCUUCCUCCAAUACAUUUACUCAGCAAGAGUUACUCCGGGAAACAAAAGGUUGUAAUGCUGCUUUUGGCGUUAAAAUAAAAUGCAUUUGCAACAACAUGUGGUGUUGGCAGUGCCUUGUAAUGGAAGUUAUAGAAUCUGGGUUAUUGAAUAAUUUUAUUCAUCUGAAGUGGGAGUUUGUCCGAAGACGGCUUUCAUCUAGGCUUCUCAGUGACAUAGGAAAAUGUUUUGGCAACCGUGGUCAGAUUCAUGAAACACAUGAAUUGUUUUUCCAAAGCAUAGCAGUCCUAGUCAGCAGAAACCCAUCUGGUCAGAUUCAUACCAACUCUUCUGUUCCUCUCACUUCCUUGCUUGAUAUUUUUGGGAAGGAGAUUGCCGGAGAUGUGUUUGCUGUUGAGCGUGCAGUAUUACUUUACAACAUAUGUUGGUAUUCUUUGAAGAGUUACCCUUCCAAGGAUACAAGGACCGCUUGCUGUGAUCUAUGUAACAUUCAUAUAUCAAAACUAGUGUCUUGGUUGAUGCUGGCAUUUGUUCUCUGCCGUGAGGUUCCUCUACUUUUUGAGAAGGUUUCUCAACUACUGGCUACUGUGUAUGUACUUUCUGCCUCAACUAAGCUUUUUCCAUUGCUAUCUCCCUGCAAAGUACUCACUGACUAUCAAUGGGCUUCAUAUUUUCAUCAAGCUUCACUUGGCACUCAUCUUAAUUACCAGUUAUUUUCAAAUAUGACUGGGAGAUCCAAAGUCCAACACAUUGUGGAUGCUGAGGGUCCAUAUGUUCCGGGCUUGACCUGCAGAGGAGAAGAAACAAGCAACUUGCUGAGGCUUGCACCUGACUCUACUCAGAAACUUGAAGAAUUUGUAACAAAAUUCUUUGCGGGCCUUCCAGGCAUGACAGUGGUUUGCAUAAGUUUGCUUGGAGGUGCUUAUGCUAGAUUACUAAAAAAUUUGCUGCUUUAUCCUACAUGCGUUGGUGCAUGGAUGCUAGUGUCACGCUUUAACUCUACGAGUCAACCUGUUGUUUUACUUCUGCCCGUGGAUCCUGUCAGAGAAGCAGAAUAUUCAGAUGAUGAUGCUAACUCUGGCUGUCGUAAACUUUGUAAGAGAUUGGAUGUGGGUAAUAAACAUUGGCACUGUCCAUGGGGUUCUACUGUGGUUGAUGAUGUAGCUCCUGCGUUUAAGCUAAUAUUGGAGGAGAAUUACCUGUCAUCUUCAAUGUUUCCCAUAGAAGAUACAAAAAGUAAUAGGACAAUGUGGUGGAUGUGGAGAAAGGAGCUUGAUCGCCGUCUUGGUAAAUUGCUGAGGAACUUAGAAGAUUCAUGGUUGGGUCCCUUUAGAUAUGUGCUUCUAGGACAAUGGUCUAAUCGCAAGCACCUGGACUUGGUACAUAAGAAACUGGUGCAUGAUCUAAAAUCCAAGUGUAAGCUGGAAGUCAAUGAAAGCCUUCUUAAUGUUAUUCUUGGAGGCUCCAAGGAUGCCUUUGAAGAAGCAGGAGUUUUGCAGCUUUGCUUAAGGAGAGGUUACUCUGUUGAUAAAGUAGGAUAUCGUGAUGAAGCAAACCGUGGGACAUCUUUCGAUGUGGCCAAUGGAAUCGAGAAACAGGAUGAGUUGGCCUUCCAAUUAGUGCAGGAAGCAGUGAAAAAGCUUGAAGGGGAAGAGACUAUUAAUCGAGAAGCAAUAAUUUUAGUGUUGGACUGUGAGGUGCAGAUGCUUCCAUGGGAGAAUUUACCAAUAUUAAGAAACCAGGAGGUUUAUCGCAUGCCUUCUGUUGGCAGCAUCUCUGCAGCACUUGAUAGAAGCCACCACCAUCAAGAGCAGGUUGGGAAGAUUGUUGCUAGCUUUCCUCUGAUAGAUCCCUUGGACGCAUUUUACCUGUUGAAUCCCAGUGGUGAUCUCAGCAGCACACAAGUUGAAUUUGAGAAGUGGUUUAGAGACCAGAACAUGGAGGUAACUUUCCUGGGGAAGGCUGGAUCUGCACCAACGGCUGAAGAAUUGAUUGCAGCCUUAAAAAGUCACGAUCUUUUCAUUUAUUUUGGCCAUGGAAGUGGAGCACAGUACAUUCCCAGGCAUGAGAUUCAAAAACUUGAAAACUGUGCUGCUACUCUCUUGAUGGGCUGCAGUAGUGGCUCCUUGAUGCUAAAUGGCUGUUACGUUCCGCAAGGCACUCCCCUAUCUUAUCUGCUAGCUGGUUCUCCUGUCAUUGUUGCCAAUCUAUGGGAAGUGACAGACAAGGAUAUUGACCGAUUUGGGAAAGCCAUGCUUGAUGCUUGGUUGAGAGAAAGAUCCAGUUGUUCCUUGGGUUGUGUCCAAUGUGAUUUAUUGUGUGCAGAACUUGAAGCAAUGACCAUUAGGGGCUGUAAAGGUAAUGCAAAGAGAAAAACCCAAAGGAAAAAAUCACCUGAAGCUUGUGAAACAAGUUUGUCUAAGGACUUCUGUAACCAUAGACGAAAGAUUGGAUCAUUCAUGGCUCAGGCUCGUGAGGCUUGCACACUCCCGUUCUUGAUUGGGGCAUCACCUGUAUGUUAUGGUAUCCCGACGGGUAUAAGGAAGGCGAAGGAUUUCUAGCAUUUAUAUAAGUAGUAUGUACCCCAAAAUCAGCUCAAUUAUUUGUGUAGCCUGGUUUGGAAUACCAUCAUCACACAUCUAUUGUUGGUGUGGCAAUCCCUCCUAGCCUCCACCUAGGAUGUGGGCUCUCCGUUGAAAGCAUAAUUUAUUCGGAUUCUCCCACAUGUUUGAUCUUUUUUCAGCCACUUCUCCAGGGAUAUUUGCCAUUAAUGCGACCAGGAAAGGUAGGACUUCUGCAAUGACUAUGCCGCGCAAAACCAAACCAAGGACGUUGGCAAUUAAGACAAACUCGCAAAGUCAUUUUUAUACACGAACGUUACAUUUUAAAUCUACAGUGGCUGGAAGAUUGGAUAUCUAGCCCAUAAUAAACGGCUUCUUACUUAGGUUGUCCCAGGUUGCCCUUCAAUUCUUGACAUUUUGCUUUCUCUGUAGCUAUUACAUACUGUUGGGCCCCAGAGAAAGCCACUUGACUAAGUUAUGUUCUAAUAUUUUACAGCAUUCAAUCCCGUGUAAUGCAGCUUUUACUUCCUUUCAACCUUGGAGGAAUAGAAUCGUUGAUUUGAUAUGUUGGAUGAUUUGUAAACGAGUUUAAAUUUUUGAGACUUGCUCAUUUCAGA